AUGAUGAUGCACAAGAAGGGCGAGCACCACGCGAACGGCAGCAGCAGCGACAACGCCACGCUGUUCGCGCGACCCUGGAGCGGCCGGUCUAGCGUCGGCUACAGGACGGCUCACCCGACCCACGUGACCACCGCUCGCACGGAGCCUCCGGCACCGCCACCUCCGCGGAGGGCUGCUUCGGCGGACAACUGCGAGCAGCCCGAAACGACCAGGAGAACCACCACCACCACCACCACCACGAGAAGGACUACGACUAGGACGACGACGACAACGACGACGACCAAGAGGACCACGACGACGCCAAAGCCGACGACGACCACCAGGACGACAACGACUUGCGCACCAACCACGGUGGCCGUAGUUGGCUGCGAGCGAGCGCCACCGCCGCCCACAACGAAGACGACGACCACUACGACGACUACGACGGCGGCUCCCAAACCGUAUCUGCACGGCCAUCCGUACGUGGUCAUCAAGCUGCACGAGGUGAACGGAACCCGUCGCGUGCCGGUUGAUCGCAUCGUGCCGUUGCAACCAUACCUGCGGCAGCUGCUAGCCAACGGCACGAACCCAGAGAGAACGCAGCUGGCACGGAACAUCUCCUCGUAUCUGCCAGAUUACCGCCUUUGGAUGCGCGGUGGCUCGUCGGAAGCGGGUGACGAUGCGAGUGGCGGCGCAUCGGGGUACCAACGCAAGGGCAAGAAGCAACGGCAGCAGCAGCAGCAGCAGCAGCAGCAUCCUCGUUCGCGACGAGUGCCGGCGUACGCGGCCGAGACGGCGGCGCUCAAGCGCGAGGUAGCCGGCAACCUGAUGCGAGUGCUGCGCACCAUCCGAGAACUUGACUCCAUGGCCCAGAAAUCUCAGCAGGACGAGCAGCAGGAAGAGGUCCAAGAACAGGAACUGGAGUCCGCACCGCAACAGCAGGAUCCCAUCGAACUGGUGGCGCCCGACACGGCGGGGCAGAUCGACCAGCUCCUCAGGCGCCGGGACAAGUCGCAAGGGCUCAGGUCGACGAAAAAAUGGACCGUCGAGUACCCGGACGAACUGAAAGAGAACCGGGCCGAGGAGGGCGACCUCCACCAGUUCAGCAUCCUGCUCAAGAAGGCGCUCGACGAGCUGAGCGUCUCGUCUGACGCCAAAAACAGGACGACGGCCAAGCCUCGCAAAGCCGCCGUCUACAGAUAGCGCCUCGGCUUCAGAGACGCGCGCGCGCGCACGCGCUGCGAUCACCGCCUAUGGACGGGUCUUUUUAUUUCACCAUGGACAGUCUCAUCACCGCGCGUUUGGUCCCAGCAACUGAGCACUUUCUCUUCCUGUAGCUUCCUAUAGCGCUGGUGCUAAACUUGCGUUAACGUGCGUUUAGCUAGUGCCUGCUCUACCUAAAGCGUCGGCUUAGAUGUGGGGACUAUACUGCGUUUCUGCUGAGCAUGGAAAGACUUAAGUAUUGGAGCUCACCGAGCCAGCCGCUCUGCUGUUCAUGAGCGCAUCCAUCAUGGUUAACCUCGUCAAGGCCAUGGUGGCUCGAGUUGGGUGGGUAACGGUGCCACCUGAAUCGUUAAUUGGGGGUUAGUCUAAGUACCUGUCAAGCAGCGCGGCGCAUCGCCUUUUGUACAUCGUGCCAUUCAGGGGCUGAUGCCACAGCGUCAUGUGAUCGGCUUAAUGAUGUGAUGGGAAUAGCCUUAUUCGCACACUGCUGCGCUUAGGAGUGGCCGAGCAUCGACUGCGGUGGCUGUUUGCAAUGGCGGGUGUGACCAAGCUAGGCUGGUGGUUUAUCCUGACCUUAAGUGGUGGACAGCCUCAAUAGAAAGGGGAUUCCACACUUGCAGCUAGCAUGUCACGGCCAUAGGAACUCACUCGACUCUCUCGCGUUGUUCACCAUGUGAUACAGCUCAUCAGCGCAUUGUAGAUGACAUGCAUUUGUACCUGUGUAAAUGCCAGUUAACGCUGUAACGCAACGACACUGUGUGUAUGCAUGUAGCGUCCUUUACUUGGUGUAGACCAACGUAUAGUUGAUGCUUCGACACAGUAAGAGGAACGAAUGCCCGAGAUACCGCCAAAAUAAAAGUAUUCUGCAUG